AGUGAAACAGGGAGGAAGCAGCGUCGGCAAGUGAACCUGCUGGAAACUGAUGGAAACCGUCCCAGUUAACUUUUAGCAUUGAUAAGCAGCAGUUGCGUGUUUAACUUUACCGGAGAGUUAAAUAAAGUACCUUUAUUUUUAGAAAUAAAACGUUUUGUUAGAGAGGAGGAGAUGGCCAGUGGCUCCGGAAGUGAAGAUCUGUUCGACAGUAUUGUCAUGGCGGAUGAAAGGUUUCGUGGUGAGGGGUACCGGGAGGGCUUCGAGAAGGGGAGCCGCAGAGGGCUGCUGGACGGCCGCAGACACGGGACCUCUCAUGGGGCCAAACUAUCCUCUGAGAUUUCCUUCUACUACGGGUUUGCCAUCACAUGGAAAUGUCUCCUCCAACAUAACACAGAUGUGAAAUCCAGGAAGCGUCUGAAGGCCGUGGAGGCUCUGCUGGGUUUGAUCCAGAAGUCCCCUCAGGAUGACCCUGCGUCUGCGAAGAUACAGGAGGAUGUGGAGAGACUGCGGGCCAAGUUCAGACAGGUGUGCUCCAUGAUGAAUGUCCCUGCUGACUUCAAGAACUACAUCAAAACCGCUGAGGGGACGUCUUUCUGAAUCCCUCCUGCUCAUGGUGAUGAUGAUGAUGAUGAAGAUAGAGGACAGGAACUGAGCCGACCUCUGCGGCAGUGAGUGGUUGAUCUGCAGUGGAUUUGUUGUCAGGGUUGGAGAGUGACUUUCAGAGUGAUAACAGACCAACAGUGAACUCAGUCUGUGGACUGUAGGACCUGCAGGGUCUGGACCCGGGCUGCACAACACAACAGGAGGAGGAGGAGGAGGAGGAGGAGGAGAGAGGAGCUGUGCUGAACAAUGUUUUUAUGAAACUGAAGUGAGG